AAACAAUUACCAACACUAGGAAAGAGUAGUCCUGGACCUCCUCAAACCCCGGUCAAGUUCAACCCCCCGGGAGGAGGACUACCCUACGAGAUGCAUCGACUAGGAGGACGCAACGAGGAUGGACUAGCACAUGUUGUUGUUAUGAAAACCAUCAGAGGAUGGCACUGUCCACACUGUAGUUACGUAUCUCCAAGUCAGAAAGGAAAUCUAAAGGUGCAUAUACUGAACCGGCAUGCUAGCCCUGGUGAAUCAUUUGGUUGUAUGUUCUGUGGUAAACAUCUCUCAAGUCGGUCGUCUUUACAGGUUCAUAUAUCACAGGUGCACCGAGAGCAGAACAAGGCUAAACGGAUGCUUGAAGAGAGAAUGAAGAUUAACAAUCUCGAGGAUCGAUUGAAAUCUGAAAUGGCCUCUGGAAUCCUUGCCUCCGGUACAGCUGAGGCUCUUCGUCAAGCGAGGCAGGCGGAGGAGAGGUUGAAGAGCGAUAUGUUCGGCCUCUUGAGGAACCAGGAGGAGAGGACUAAGGAUGAGAUGGUGAACCUCUUGAUGCAGCAGGAGGCUGGAGGGAAGGAGGGCUCCUUAGCACUGGGCUCAGGAGCACUUAGUAUUCAGGCUAUACCAAAUCCUUCUGCUUCCUCGGGUUCUCCUAAAGAAGACGAUAUGCCCGACUCUCCAGGGUUUCCUCAAGGUCCCUUUCCAGGGCUUCCUUUCCAAGGAGUUCAGGGUUUUCCGAUCAUCUAUCCCCAGUCUCCGAACGGGAACGAAGACGAUUGAUUGCAUUGCGUCCAAAAACGAAAAACGAUGACUUGUCCAUGGGAAAAAUUCGCUAAAUUACCGAUUUGUUUGAUCUUUGGGAUUUUAAUCCUUUUUAUUUCACAUCACAUUUGACUUGAGUUUUUACAACUGUUAUGAGAUAUUAUCCUGAUAUUAAACUAGCAUGCAUCCAAGCCUUAAAUACAAACUUCAAAAUAUACGUGCCAAAGUUUACCAGGAAAAAAUUACCCACUACGCUGGUUUUUACCUAGAUAUAAUUAUGUACAUAAUAUUGUACACUUUACGCAGUCGUGUAUGUAUUUUAAACUUUUAUACUAUCCAAACAUCCUUUGGUUGGUAAAGACGAUUUAAAAGUAAAGUUUAGAACUGUUUUGUAAACUGAUUAGUGCUUCCGUAUUUAGUGCUCUGUGUUUUGGUAAUUAAUUCUUAAUUUAUGAAUUUUUGGGAGAUUUUUGCCUGUUUUAUCAAUGAGGAAUCAUAUCAUUCGUUUUCAUUACAAAAAAUUAGUAUUUGCCAAAAAUUGUAUUAUAUACAUUUACUUAUAUAUACGUAAUAUUUGUUCCAUAACUUUAACCAGUGAAACGAUUUGAAUCUCUUAUUUUUAAUCUUGACGCUACUUUUCCAACAGACAUGAAGCAAUAUCAUUACUUUUUUCAACAAAAAAUACCUUGCUACAGCUUUAUCCCCGAACUUCCCUCACAUUUCAAACCUGUACAAAAAAUGUCGACCUGAGAUGCCAAAAAAAACUCUCUUGGUUCUGAUUUUACGCUGUAAAUAAUACUCGAAAGACGUCACUUCCAAGGAUUGAUCGAUUCCAAAUCGAUGAAUCAUUAAUACAAAUAUUUCUUCCGCAUAAUACGUGUGAACAAAUUCGACAGUGUGAAUCAAAAAAAGUGCUGUCCUCUCUCCUGAUACAGGGUGAGGCACAAAAACGUCUCCCACAGGAGACUCUAAAAAAUGUGAACUAUUACCGUACAAAAGUUAUAUAUUAUGUAAAAAGAUAUUAAAUGAAACAAUGUGUUUCGCCUUAUAUACUCUAUGCAUGUCACUUCACACCAGUGCCAAACAAAAAUACUCGUUUAAACUUUUUUAGACUUAUAGAUAAACAUAUUCCAGUACAUUUCAGCCCAGUGCUUAUUGUCCGUACAUUCUUCAACUACAAAAAGCACAAUGAUUAUUUCAUCCAUGGUUUAGUCCUGGUUUUAAAGCAGAACAUUUUGUUUAACACUUUUUUGGCAUUUGUUUCCUUGCAGCUUUUAAUAAUUUAGUAUUAACCUAUAGUUGGCAGCGAGAAUAACAUUUAUUAGAUAAUUAAUAUUUUCUUAAAAGUUUUGUCAAUUCGUAAUAUAAUCUUUUAUAUCUUUCAUAAAGAAUAUAGUACAAGAAAGGCACAAAAUUAAUAUGUUAGAAUCAGAUUUUAAUUUGAAAAAGGAAUUCCAUAUUUAACCCGAAUAUUCUUGUUACUUGACAGUAAAAUAUUUAUUUUAAAGCCCAAGUGAAGUGUCAAGUAAAUUUUAAAAAUUAUCCUGUUUUUAAUAACUUCAGAGAGAUUUUUAGUGACCCUUUAUUUAUGGUAUGUCUGAUUUACAAGGGUAAACACCACACAUUGAAUUAUUGUCUUCUUAAAAACUAUUGAUUUCUGACAAUUUUCUUCCAUCUUCUCUGCAGCUAAAAUACAGAGAAAACACAAUUGAAAAUGAUCCAUUGUUGAUAGAAAUCUUAGACAUUGUUAUCAUGCUCUUACAAAUGUUAAAGGUACCAUUGUGAAUCAGAAAAUAGAAGGAUUACAUAAUUGAAAUUACGUUUAAACCAGCGGAUUACUUUCAGCUUGGUCAAAUGUAGAAUUUAAAAAAAACCUGUUUAACCAAAAAAACUGGAUGUUCACCACUUAUUCUUGAAAAUAUGUGGGACUCUUUUUUUUCAAACAGUUCAUUUUAAUUGAAGAAACGAACCAAAAAUAGCAUCUUAUUCUUGACAUGAUCUUUUUCACCAAAUUAACGCAGUAUUAUUUACAAAUAAAAAAGAUAUAAAAAUCAAUUAUUUAAAAUUCUUUAAACACACAAUACUCUUAGACAUUUUUGCAGUAUUUUUUGCUUUUAAUUGUAGUUCAAAUAAUAGAGAGAGAGAAAAAAAACGUUUUAGUGCCAUAAUUUUAUAACCUAUGUAAACCGUAAUGUAACUUGUUAUCAUUAUUACCAAAAUCUUUUGUAUCCAUUUAGUUUGAACUUUAAAAGAAAAAAGAAAUAAUUUCUGUUUUCUUUAAAGAAUAAUAUUUCUGACGAUAUUUGUUCACAAAUGCAGAUAUUGGAUAGGAUAUUUCGACAAUGUUAGGCUUUAAACUUGAAUACGUAACCAUUAUUUACAAAUAAAGCACAUUUAAAAACGA